CUGAAAGAGGCGUGCUUGGUCCUUGAUUCGGUCAUGCGAAAGCCUCAGAGCACCAUGGCUUUCCUCGACGACGUAGCUUCUGGCAACACGUCGAGAGUGGUCACACACCUUCGCGAAGGCGCCGACCCCAACCGCCGCAACCACGUGGGGCAUCAUGCGCUUUUCAUCGCGGCACUUUAACGACGCGUCGACGUUGCGGAGCUUCUUCUCGAUGCCGGUGCCACCGUCGACUUGCAACUUCGGAAUGGAGCGACAGCACUCAUGAUCGCUGCCGGCCGCGGACCCAUCGAGCUCGUGCAUCUCUUUCUCAAUCGCAGCGCCAACGUUAACCUCCAUAGUGAGACUGGCACCGCGCUGGGCGCUGCUGCCCACGGUGGCAACGAGGACAUUGUUCGCGUCCUUCUCGACGCAAAAGCCGACGUUCAUCGCAGCGACGAUUUGCGCAAGGUUUCGCCCCUUUUGACGGCAGCAGACAAUGGGAGUGUGGCCGUUGCGUCCGAGCUCCUUGCCCGCGGUGCUAACCUGUCCGACGUCGACAAGAAUGGGUUUGGCGUUGUCGCGUAUGCGGCGCAGAAAGGCCACGUUGCAAUGAUCCGCUUCCUCGUUAACGAGAAGGGGGCUGACCCGAAUGCAACGUCUUUUUCGGGCAAUUCGCCACUACUCGUAGCCUGCUUUCGGGGUAAGAUCGAAUCGGUCAAAGCUUUACUGGAGACCGGCGCCAAAGUCAACGACCCCGCCGCGGACCCGUGCCUCAUUGCUGCGGCUGCGAACAAUCACUUAGAAAUCGUCGCGAUCCUGCUGCAAUAUGGUAUGACAGCACUCUAUGCUGCAGUCGUCCACGGUCACGCCAACAUGGUGCGCCAGUUGACGUACGCGCGGGCAAUGCUUGACAAGCCAGCAAACGAUGGGACCACACCGCUUCUGGCCGCCCAAGCUCUGGGUAACGCGGAUGUUCUUGCUGUCCUUCAAGACGUUCGAGCCAAGAAAAUGGUGCUACUGCAUGCAGCCCGCCAAGGAAACGUCGACGUCGUUCAAGCACUUCUUUCCGAGGGCCUCAGCGUUAACGAGACGGACGAGCACGGGAACGCGUUAGUGCAUCUAGCCCUUCUUGGCAGCGACGCCAGGCUUUUGGCAGAGCUCCUAAAAGACUCUGCGGUCGAGCUCAGCCUCGUCAACGCGUUCGGUGAGUCGCCCGAGGCAAUUGCAGUCAAGCUGGGCCAUCCAUUGCUCGUUCGUCAACUCCACGUUGCACUAGCUGCAAAUAUUGCACAGGUGUCUGCAGUGUCGACGGUGCAUUUGCGAGAGCUUGGCCGCGGCAGCUACGGCAUCGUCUUCAAGGGCUCGCUCCAAGGCCAAGACGUGGCCAUCAAGGAACUUUGGAAUCCUCAUGUUGGCGCUGCGAGCCUUCGCGCUGAGAUGCAAAUUCUCAUCGACAACCCGUCACCGUAUCUUGUGCGGCUGGUCGCCCCCACCGCCGAAUCGGACGCGCCGCAGCUAUUCUUUCAGUACAUGGAUGGCGGAAACCUCACCUCGUACCUCGAGAAACUGGCCAAGGACAAGGAGUGCCAUGUUACAUACACGCCCAUUGAGAUUCUCUGGGUUGUCGCAAACGCUCUCAACGACCUCCACGCCAAGGACGUUGUCCAUCGCGACAUCAAAACCGACAACAUCCUCCUCUCGUCCAAGCACUACAUCAAAGUGGGUGACGUCGGCAUCGCCAAGGAAGUGACGGCGUACAUGACGACGGGUGCUGGCACGAGCAAGUGGCGCGCGCCCGAAGUGCUGACGUCCGGAAGCAGCUACGGAAAACCCGCCGACAUUUACUCGUUUGGGAUUCUCCUCGAGACGCUGUACCCUAACCCUACCGAUGCGAGCACCGAAUGGGCCCAAGCUCUCGCAGCGGAAUGCACGGAUGUAGAUCCGACUCGCCGUCCGAAGGCGGCCAAGCUUGUCGAUAACUUGCUCCCCAUUUUGAAGGCGCACGUCAACCGCUUCGCUUCGAUGCGAGCCUUCGAGGCUGACCGAGCGGCGGGACAUCAAGCAAUCGAGACCACUCCGACGCCUCCACGCGUCCCGCGAGCAGAACAGCAUCUCGCGCCUUUCGUCCCUAGAGUGGGCCGAAUCGUGGCACCGUUCAGCCGGGAAGAGGCUUUCCAAGAGGCCGUGCGAGCGGGCGACGACGAGGCAGUCGUCAGCUUUCUCAAGAAUGGCGUCCACCCAGACAGCGCAGGCGAGACGAAAGAGACGCCACUCAUGCAAGCCGUGGAACAUGGCCACUAUAAGGUUGUGGAUCGGCUUCUCGAAUUUGGCGCCGACGUCAACAACGCCACGACCGUGGGCUUGACGGUGCUCCACACAGCAGCACAUAGCUCCAGUGCGAUGCUUGAAAAGCUUCUUCGCGUCGCGAACGUGAACGUGAGUCCGCGGGACAUUACACAGCGCACGCCGUUGCAUGUCGCGAUUUCAAACGGACACACGGACAACGUGGACGCGCUGAUUCGUGCUGGCGCGGACAUUGAAGCUGCUAAUGACGGAUGGAAUCGACCAUUGCAUAUCGCAGCAUACUUUGGAUACGACCCGAUCGUCCAACUUCUCCUGCGCGCGCACGCAAGUACGACGGCACGCAACCAGAGUGGCGAGACGGUGCUGUAUGCGGCCAUUUCCCACGGGCACGGCGUAGUGGCCAACACAUUGGUCCACGCUGGCGUAGAUAUCAACGCCGUCAGCAAUGGACAGAGCCCGCUGCAUUGCGCUUGCCGUUUCGGCGUAGCCGACGUCAUCCCAUCCUUGCUUGCGAAGGGCGCUGACGUCAACGUCAAGCAUAACGGUGUCUCACCGCUGUACAUGUCGAUCAUCGAUGGUCACUGGGACGUUGUCACAGCGCUCGUGGCGUCGCCCAACAUUGACCUCAACGAACGCGACGAGAAUGGUUGUACGAUUCUGCACAUUGCAACCACCAAGGGCUGCCUCGACGUCGUAAGGGCUAUGAUACAGGCCGGUGUCGACGUGGAUGUCCAAGACGACUUGAUGGGUCUGCGCGCCAUUGACGUUGCCGCUCUGCACAAAAACGACGCGAUGGUCAAGCUGCUACUGCCAGCGCACUACCAUAAAUUGAACCUCCUCCAAGCGAUACGCUGCCGAGACGUCAAAGCCUUGGCGGAUCUUCUUCGGCGCCCGUAUAGCUGUAAUGUCUACGACGAGGUAGGGUGCUCGCUGGUACACCUGGUGGUUCGGGCACGAAGUGAGGUCAUGCUCGACCUUCUCUUGACCGAUCCUCGCAUUGCUCUCGAGACGCGCAACCAAGUGGGAAAGACGCCGCUCGCGAUGGCCAUCGAGUGCGGCUGCAUCUCGAUGGCCAAAAAGCUCUUUGACUGCGUGCACCGAGCUGCGGUCGAGGUUACGAGCGCCGAGUACGACGUGACGUCAACCGAGCUUGGCCACGGAAGCUUUGGUGUCGUCCACCUGGGCUCGUACCUGGGAGAACAGGUGGCUGUCAAGACCACACGACACCUCGCGUCGUUCAAGGCCGAAGCCCGCGUCUUCGUUGCGUGCCCAUCUCCGUUCAUUGUGCAACUGCGGGCCAUCGCUGACGCCGAUUCGGAAGCUCCAGCUCUCUUGCUCGAGUAUAUGAAUGGUGGUACCCUUCGGAACUACCUCGACAAGAAGGCCCUCAACGAGCGCACGCCAAUGAACUUGUCCAGCCUCCAAGUGGCCUGGGUUGUCAUCAGCGCCUUGCGAGACCUGCACGCUAAGCACCUUUUGCACCGCGACAUCAAGAGUCAGAACGUGCUUCUGAACACCAGUGGCGAAAUCAAGCUUGGGGACCUUGGUCUGGCUCGGCUGGAGGCAACCGACAAGACUGAAGCACCCGGCACGCGUCUUUGGAUGGCACCUGAGAUCCUACAGGCCAACGGAAUGGUCUACAGCUUUCCUGCCGACAUUUACGCGUUCGGUGUGCUCCUUACAGAGCUCGACACGUGCCAGCUGCCGUACUUUGACCAAGACGUCCAGGAUCCGAUCGCGUUUGUGCGCGGUGUCAUCAAUGGCUCGCUUCGACCGACGCUGACGACCAAGUGCGAGCCGUGGCUACGACAGUUAGCAGAGAUGUGUCUGGACGGAAACCCCGAGGCGCGGCCGACGGCCGAUCUCAUUGUCGAAAUAUUGAGCGCUGAGAUGGCCGCUGUUCCACCACCAGACAUGAGCGUGGCGGAGAUGUACCUUCGCGCCGUCGCACAGGACAGUGUCGGUACGGUGGCGCAGCUGCUGACCCACGGUGUACCACUGGACUGGACGCUUCCGGGCGGUGCGUCACUUCUUUUGGCAGCCACGACAGCAAGGGCCAUCGAAGCUGUGACUCUCCUCCUCGAGCGCGGCGCAUAUGUCAACGACGACAGCGGGGGCCGAACCCCGCUGCACGAGGCGACGGAGAAUGUAGACAAGCCCGAGAUCAUGUGCGCCGAGUGUGGCAACUGGCAUGCCGUCGAUGCUGUUUGUUCGUGCGGCCACGACGCUUCGCCGACGGACCGCAUGGUCGCGGUGGUCCGGCGCUUGAUGCGGCUGCACCAUCGCGGCUACCCCGUCGACUGGAUGCGCAAGUGCAUUUCCACCAAUUGCCACCAGUCACCAAUGACAGUCGUCGACACGAUCUGCCCCAAGUGCGGCACGGAGGCGCGGAAGAGUAUGACGGAGCUCAAGAUGCUGCACAUUCGCCUCAAGAUGGCCAUGAAUCCUGCAGUAGAGCGGUCGAAGUCGCGUCGGAUCACGAGAGACGAGCAAGCGAUCCCGCGUAGCAUCUUGCGCUGGUUGGCACGCUUCCAUGCCGCGGAACCCGAUACGUCGCGACCCCAGCCAUCGCCAUCGGUGAUCGAUGCCAACCAAUACAGCAAUGAACAAGGCGCUUUGGUGCGCGACGCAGUAUUUUUGGAAACCCUUGCGUCCCGCGCAGCAUCGACGCGACACCGAGGGAGUGGGAUGAUGCCGUGGGCAAGUGCAAGCGCGGUUGGCCGGGGCGUCGUGGCCCGCAUCUUGUACGCCAGAACGUCCGACCCUGUACUCGAGAUGUUGGUCGACAACUUACCAGCAAUCGGGGUUGCAGCGAUGCAUCGUGGCCAUAAUGUCGUGCACCGCCACGUCGGUAACGGCGACGAUCUUGAGGCCAUUGCCAAAUGCACGUCACCCUUUAUCGUACAGCUCGUGGCCACCGCACGACCCCAAAGCGUCCUGGUUCAAGACUCGCUGUCCAAAAGCCUCCGGGACGUGCAGGCAGCGCCUCAUGCACGGGCCAAGAUGCAAGCAGCUGGUUUUAUGCAGCUACAGAUCAUCUACGUGAUCGCGAAUGCUCUGGCCGACAUCCACGCCCACGGUCUCGUUCACGGGCAUCUCUCCAGCCACAACGUCUUCUUCAGUCCCACCAUGUUUUUCCAAGUCGGUGUGCCCGGAACAUCGGCCACCGACGACGCGCUGCUGGCAUGGACGGCCCCCGAAGUGCUUGCAGGCGACUCGCCGCCCUCUCCAGCCUCGGACGUCUAUGCGUUUGGCAUUCUCAUGACGGAGCUCGACACGUUUCAGCUGCCGUUUGCCGACUACGAUUUCGACGACGAAGUUGCGCUCGCCGUGGCCGUCGUCGAUGGCGGCUUGCGCCCAACACUGCGCGACGACUGUGAUGUGUGGUACCGAAACCUCGUCGGUCUGUGCGUGGACGCUGACCCGCUCAAUCGCCCGACAGCUGCAUACCUCGUCGAGCUGCUGCAAGAAUUACUUGACGACACCAUCUGCACAGUCUAGAUAGCUGUCCGCGACUGUCGAUAGAUAUGACUAGACCCGAGACAAAUGCGAUGAAUACAUAUUAUCUCUAUG